AUGAUCGAUAGUCCGUCUACCGUCAUCAUCAGUUUACUUUCAUGUUUCCUGAUCAUAAGCACAUUGACUUGCUUCUCAGUAUCCAGGUUGGGAAAGUAUUUUUCACCGUCUUUGAUUCUUCUAAAAUGUGAAAAACAACAAAAAUUCGAAGCCGAUGAGCUAAUUGACAUCUACAACCCCAAUGCUCUGAAAGAGCUCCGUGCAAAAUAUAAUCUGAAGGCGGAUAAGUACAGCCUGGAACUGUAUCAAGUGGCUAGAGGAGCAGAACACAAGAGAUUCUUUGGAAAAGUGAAAUUGGAAGCAUUUUGUGCGAUAAAAGAAAGGAUAGGAGAUGUUGAUGAUGGAGGGAAAUACGUUUGUAAUCCAAGAGCAGUCAGGAAAGAUAAUUGCACAUUGAUCUCCCUCGGCCUCAACAAUGCAAUUUCCUAUGACCAACACAUCCAAAAUGUGACAGGAGGACAUUGUAGGAUACUUGGAGCUGAUAAGGAUCCACAGAACAUUACAAUUCAAGAAGCAUAUGAGAGAAUAAAUGGACAACUGUUUGUUGGAAUGAUUCCGAAUGAAAUAUCCAUUUCGAGUAUGCUGAAAAAAGCAGAGAGAAGAGAAGUUGAGCUAUUGAAGAUUGAUAUUGAAGGAGGAGAGCAUGAGGGUCUAGAGCCAUUCAUCAGGGAGUAUCGAAUCUUCAUAGAAGUCCACGGAACCCCAUCCGAACACCUGAAAAUGCUGCAAAUCAUGGCAAAAUACAACUUCCGAAUCUUCAACGUGGAACCCAAUCCAUACUGUUUCAAUUGUUGUGAAUACAGUCUGAUUCAGGAUAGUUGUAUGAAUCAAUACGGAGUGUAUCCGUUGGUUCCGAUUGUGCCGAAAGUUGAAUUUUUUUGCAAAUGUAAUAAACUUAUUUUUUCUGAUCCUCAAAAACACUAUGAUAAGCGAAUGUUUUUAUUAUUAGUGUAA